CUCCCCAGCCUGCCUGCCGCCGCCACCCCGAAGCCCCUCCAGCUAAAGCCUGUAGACCUUCCCACUGCAAAAACCGGACUCCAUACUUUUGUCCCAACGCGAACCCACUACUCUCACGCCAAAUUUUUCGGCCCCGCGGUGGGGCAGGACAACAAGGGCAGGCCGGGGGGAAACUGAGACCGUAUGAUGUGGAUCUGGUACCUUCUGCUGGGUUCGGGGUCAGGCUCAAGAACUGUUGAGAGCCAGUCGCUCCCAGGGAACAACUUCACCACCGAGUGCAACAUCCCUGGAAUCUUCAUGUGCAGGGAUGGGAAGUGUGUCCCAGGCGGGUGGCAGUGCGACGGAUUACCUGACUGCUUUGACAAGAGUGAUGAGAAAGGCUGUCCUAAGGCCAAGUCAAAGUGCGCCCCAACAUUCUUCGCCUGCGCUAACGGUGUCCACUGCAUCAUCGGGCGCUUCCGCUGUAACGGCUUCAGUGACUGUCCUGACGGGAGUGACGAGGAGAACUGCACGGGCUCUGAGUGCUCGGAGACUCGCUUCAAGUGUCGGAAUGGCCACUGUGUGGACCGCAGCUUCUUGUGUAACGGCCAGGACAACUGUCAGGACAACAGCGAUGAGGAGCCCUGCCUAACUACAGCGGAAGCUCCGGGGCAGGACUUUGUGACUCUGGACUAUCGCCUGCGCUACUACCCCAGCAUCACGUACGCCGUCAUUGGCAGCGCCGUCAUCUUCGUCCUGGUGGUGGCGUUGCUCGCCCUGGUGCUUCAUCACCAGAGGAAGCGAAGCAUCCUGCUGCCCAGAGGCGUGAGGGGGAGCUUGCACCACCACCACCAGCCCCUGCUGCUGUCCCGUCUGGUCAUUUUGGAGCGGGGCCACGUCCAUCCCGGGGGUCCAGGCUUCUCCCCCGGCUCCCCCACCGCAGCGGGCCAGUACAGCUCAACUCCUCAGGCACUACAUCUGCUGUCUGGGACCCUUUAUCCCUCCGGACUCUCCAUGGACUCACCUCCAUCCUACUCACAAGCUGUUCUGGAUGUCAGUCGGCCUCCCUGGUUUGAUCUCCCUCCACCUCCGUACCUCGCAGAAGGAGAGCUUCCAUCGGAGGGCGAGCUGCCUCAAUACGAGGGCCCACAGGACCCUUUGAGCCUCCCCACAACGCAUCUCUCUGCACCCUCAACACCCAGAACUGUGGCCUCAGGCACGCAGCCCACUUCCAGCUCCAGAGGGGAGUCGGAGCAGCCGUAGCCUCUCUGUUGGUAGAACUAGUCAGAACUCAGAGACUGUAGGACUGACGGAGCAGGCUGCAGGGCCACGAGGCCAGGACAGUCCAGAGGAAAGCCCUGCGAUGGAGAAUCCACAGGGACUGAGAGACUAAAUGAUGCCCUAAACUCUUGGGCUGAUUGAAGCACUGGACUGAGAGGAGCUCAUCCUGCGAGACCAAUGUUGUGUGCUGGCUCCCCCUACUGAGGUCAUGGCUGCACUACACCCUCAUCUGUUAGACGUUCAUUCAUUUCUCUACAGUUGGCUUCAGUUGACGUGCGCUCCCCUUGGAAAUAUACUCUGUAUGAUGCAUUACAGUUACCAUAGCCUGCAUCUCUAAAGAGUUAAACUUACACUUAUUAUGAAGAUAUUCAUUAACCUAUCACAUAGGAUGAUAACUGAAAAGGUUGUUGUUUUUUAUAGUAGUUUAUGGAGUGGUGUUAUUCUCCAGUUUAACUCACUUGGAAGGUACUUACAGCGCCAUGCACCAUUUUGCAAUACUCCUUACCAUACUUCACAUUUCACAUCCACAAUGUUUUCCAUAGUGGGCUUUAUAAGAGAUUUGUAUUGUGUUAAAGUGGACCUAUUAUGCUAUAUUGGAAAAAAUAUAUUGUAGGGCCAUACCUAUGCAAAACAUGUCU